AUGCUCCGGGUACCCGCCCAUUACCCCUGGGCGCACAAUUCAGUCGACAACAAAUGCGCACUCUUUGAUAUUGAUGAUAUUGAUUUCCUCGUCGAUAUGGAGGUCAUACCGGCGUUGCGGAAGAAGAUGCACACACUCCUGCCAGAUAAUGUCAUCCAGCAAUGUGGUCGGAGGGACAAACUUUCAGCAAAACUGAUUGUGCCGAACAAUUUUUCUCUGGAUGCAUGA